UUUGGGUUUUCCCUGGUGUAUACUAAGGAGGAUACGUCUAUAUUAGAAGGUGUAGCUGAAUUAAAUUGAUUUUAUAACGCAAGUAUUGUGAUAUAUUAGGCUGGAAUAGAAUCGAAAAUGUUAACCUUGGCACAGAUGCCAAAGGAUGCAUCACUAUUCGUCGCUGCAAUAGACUUUGGAACAACAUAUUCUGGAUAUACCUUUUCGUCAAGAGAUGAUUUUACCAGAGAUCCGACAAAGGCGUAUCUAAAAGAAUGGGUCGACCCAUCCAGUAACAUGCUGUACAACAAGACAUCUACAUGCAUUCUGUUUACCAAGGAAAGGAAAUUUAGCCAUUUUGGCUUUGAAGCUGAAUACAAAUACAGUGACCUAAUGGAGGACAACAAUCAUAAGGAAUGGUACUUUUUCAGAAGAUUCAAGAUGUGUUUAUAUGCUAUGAAGUCCAGUAUCAACAAUGUUGUCAUUUACGAUGAAACUGGGAAACCCAUGCCAGCUAUGACUAUCUUCGCUGAGUCAAUUAGAUAUUUAAAAGAUCAUUUACUUGAAGAAUGUCGAUUACAGGAUACGGAUAUCAAACUAGAUGAUUUUAAAUGGGUCAUCACUGUUCCUGCUAUAUGGUCUGAUCCGGCAAAAGCUUUUAUGCGUUCAGCGGCAGUUAAGGCUGGGAUUAAUUCGGAGAAACUCACCAUUGCUCUGGAACCAGAAGCAGCCGCAUUAUUCGUCAAACGCCUAAUCGUUGAUAAACGAGUUGAUAGGAAAAACGAAGAAAGAGUUCGAACAUUUGUUUCCGGAUCCAAGUACAUUGUUGUCGACGCAGGAGGCGGAACAAUUGACAUAACUGCGCAUGAAGUUCUGGAAGACGGUCGCGUUAAAGAACUUAUAAAAGCCACUGGUGGGGACUGGGGAGGCACGAAUGUCGACGAAAGCUACUUAGAGUUUAUCAAAUAUAUCAUUGGUGAUGCUGUCACCGAAAAAAUACUACAAAGUCAAUCUAACAUUUUCUUUGAAACCUGCAGAGACUUUGAAAUUGCAAAACGCACAAUCAAACCGAAUUCAGAUACGAAGUUUACAGCUAGAAUCCCAUCAGGACUUGGUGUAAUAUUUGAAUCAGUUUAUUCUGGAAAAUGUUUAAAAUCUAUCAAAACUGUUUCGAUGAAAAACAAAGGACAAGUGGAUGUCACAUUUACCCUCGACAAGAUAAGAUUGGCAUCAAAGGAUGCUGCAAGCUUCUUCAUUGACUCAAUAUCGAACAUAAUUAUUCAUUUAUCAAAACUGUUAGACCAGGAAGCAGGAAAAGGAAUAGCCACUAUAAUUCUUGUCGGUGGUUAUGCAGAGUCUCCAGUAUUCACCAAUGCCAUCAAGUCAAAAUUUCCUCAGAUGCGUACUAUCAUACCACAGGAGGCAGCGUGGUCCGUUUUGCGUGGUGCCGUCAUUUUCGGUCAUGACGCAAGUUUUAUCAAACAAAGGUUGAGCAAAUUUACAUACGGCAUACGUAUACGUAAUAUUUUUGAUCCCUCGGUGCACGAUGAAAAAUACAAAUAUGAAGAAGAUGGAGAGGUGUUGUGUAGUUCACUUUUUAGUAAGCUCGUAGAGAUUGAUCAGUUGGUCACAGUGGGUGAAUACCAAAAGGAGAAGAAUUAUCGUUUACCUAAAAUUAGAGCCAGAGGUGAUAUAGGCCUUUAUUCCAGUACCUCCGAUGAUCCGAAAUACAUUGACGAAGACGGGUGUUCUUUCAUAGGAAACAUUCUAUCCCCCGGACAUAAAUUUCUUCUCAAUGAAGAUAUUAAAAUAAAUAUGUGCUUUGGUGAAACAGAAAUCAAAUUUGAAGCGUACCAACCGAAAAGUCAAUUGACGGCUACGUAUUAUUUAGAGUAUCAAAACUAAAACGGUUUUGCUGAGCAGACAAGUAUAACUUACGAAAGAUUUACUUAACUCUCUCUCUCUCUCUCUCUCUCUCUCUCUCUCUCAUUUCCUUGAAUAAACUCACAUUUGGUACAUACAUUAUUCGCUCUUUAAUUAUCAUUGAUAUCUAUAAUAUUUAUUUGUAAUAUAUUUUACUGCAUCACGUACGUGCGGUUUGAGUUAUCUGAUAUACAACAUAUUAUUAAUUGAUAAACAUAUAUUAUCAUACUUUAUAAGAUGUUGUAUUAUUCUCACACUUUAUAAGAUGUUGUAUAUCAGAACACAGAUAUACUUACAUUCCAGAUACCUGUUUCUAAACUACCAUUGAUGAUAUAUCUAGUUCACCAGUUCAACCGAAAACAAGAUACUUGUAUCCAUAAGGAAAAUCCAUACUCCAACUAUAGGGGAUAUUACGUAUUAGAGUACAUCAUACUUUUAAACACGCAUAUUCAUACAUUUAAAUCGUACUACAAUGGGGAAAUAUCCUUAAAUAUAAAAUAAUGCAAAUAAUAUACUUUAUAUACUGAUAAGAAACAUGUACUGAUGCAAAUUGUUGAAGAUUAGGCAGAUACAUGUAUGCUGCAAUUCAUAUCUGAUAUGUGUCUAUGGAUUCCUGAAUUAAGAGCGGUGGCAAUGCACUUGCAAAAUGUAACAUCCCAUCGGUACACAUAAUAGUAUACAACAGUCAUAAGCAAGAUAACGUAUGUGUAUGCAUGUGUCCCAUGUUAUAACUAGACAAAAAUGCAUGGCUUUUACCUAGAUAGUCCGGUAUUUUCGUACUUAUAGGAAUUGCACAUAAAAAAAAAUCUUUAUUAAACAUCUUGUAUCCAUGUAAACAGAGAUUUACAAUAGUUUUAAAAUAUUUGUUUUCUCAAGUUACUACAUUUUUGUUUUUAGUUUAAUUGAAGGUUUUGCUAGCACAUAUCUUUAUUUAUUUAAGGACCAAGCACAUUGAUAUGUAUCAUCUUAAUCUAAUUUACCUCAGGCAGUAACAUGUCAAUAUAUAUUACGCGCUUUAGAGAUGUAGUACAUUUUUAUCUCUGACCUCAAGAUAAAUAUGAAUGGACUGUGCAUCUUUGUCACUAUAUAUUAUGUAUGAUGGUAAUGCAACUUAUAUAAUUCUAGACACUAAAGAUUUGCCUCAACUUA